GUCAUGAACCUGUCAACGCUGUUUGACCACGCUCCGUACCUGUCGUACGCCUUCCGGACCCUGUCCAACGAUGAAGCGCUCAAGCUGGACCAUUCCCUCCGCACGCUCCAGCGCGCCCAGCGCCUCCGGUCAGUUUAUUUCCUAGGCCGGCUCGAGGGCCACGACGCGGACUACUUUCUGGCGUUUGGCUGCGCGGAGCGGGAGCUUUUCGCCGCGAGGAAGCUGUACUACAGCCAGAAUCUGCACGAAUGGUUCCUGCUGCUGGAACCGAAGCAGUGGGAUCACUGCUGGGACAAAAUUGGUGCACCGUUCCGGGGGGAUCCGGCGUACCGGAUGGAUGUUGAUCUUGGUCCGAGUUUUGCACUGGACGAGGAUUUGGUUCCGGUUGAGGGUGCGCGGAUUAGGUUUGAGGUGAAGGAGCAGAACCGGCUGUGGUUUGUCGUGUCGCGGAUUCUACAGGAGGCCGCACUUGUUCCACGUGGCGUGCUGUACCAUGAUACUGAUGGAAACUGCGUGAUUAACCCGUAUUUCGGUGGAAUCUCGACGGAAGCUAGCUUGAUCUUGAACAACUAUCAUCACUUCCGGGAGCCGCGGGCCGAUCCGGCGGUGAAUUUGGGCAAGAGGGACGAGUGCAACUACUUCAUGGACGUGUUUGACCCGGCGGACGACGUGGUGCCAAAGGAGGGCAGCUUUGUGGUGCGUCGAGAUGUUGGACGGGACGUUUUCGUGCUGAACUCGAUGCACUGGCCGGGAAUGAUCAACUUUCAUCGGGCCAACACCGGCGCCGUUUACGGAUUCUGUUACUUUGGCGACGGACGCAAGAACUGGGAGCUGCCGUUCAAACUGUAAUAGCCUGAAUGUAGGCACGUUCUUCAAUUGAAUGAA